UAAGGGCGCACGCUCGUGCGCACGCACACAAGCGCGCUGUACCCAAUAAAUCUGGCUCUAAAUCGAUGGCAGCGCAUCUGGUGAGAAGACUCACUGGAGAAUGUCUUAGAGACAUAUAGAGAAUCAUUGAAGAGUCGGCUCUUAACCUUCACCUGAAAGAGAGUCGACCUGUUCGCGAAUGACACUAUACUGGAUAAUUACGCAAAUCUGCUCCUUCACUCCGUUUUACACUCUCUGGGAAAGCAAAAAAAUUAAUAAAUCCAAUUUCUAAUGGAUAUCUAUUCUUCCAAACUUUCUCCAGCGGUGGAUUAUGGAGCCGGGGCCUUUCUGCUGUUCAUAGCUAUUUUGUCCAUUGUGGGGAAUCUCCUGGUCCUUUUAAUGGCAUACAAGAGAUCAUCUCAGAUGAAGCCCCCAGAGCUCCUCAGCGUGAAUCUGGCAGUGACAGAUCUUGGUGCAGCAGUCUCAAUGUACCCUCUUUCUGUAGCCUCAUCAUGGAAUCAUUCCUGGUUAGGGGGUGAUGCCACCUGUAUUUACUACGGCUGGAUGGGGUUCUUCUUUGGUGUAGCCAGUGUGGCGACCCUGACAGUCAUGGCUAUAGUGCGCUUCACUGCAUCCACGACCCUACAGUCUCACCCGGAGAUAAUUAAUAAAAGGACGGUGCAGGUGUUGUUGGCAGGCACGUGGCUGUAUGCAUUCUUAUGGGCAAUGUUUCCUUUGAUCGGCUGGGGCGCGUAUGGCCCCGAGCCCUUCGGCCUGUCCUGCACUCUGGCCUGGGCAGAAAUGAAAGAACACAGCCCAUCCUUUGUUAUCAGCAUGUUUACCAUGAACCUGGCCAUCCCAGCCAUCAUCAUCAUUUGCUGCUACUUUGGCAUCACCCUCCGACUCCAUUUCUCCUACAAGUCUCUACAGAAUGGCAACAUCAUCCAGAACAAAGUUAAAAUGCAGCGCCGGCUCAUGUUGAUUGCGAUUCUAAUCAGCGCUGGUUUCAUCGGUUGUUGGACUCCCUAUGGGAUCGUGAGCUUAUGGUCGAUCUACUCAACUUCCUCCAUCACUCCUUUUGUCAGUAUGUUGCCCUGCCUCUUUGCCAAGACUUCCACUGUGUACAACCCGCUAAUCUAUUACACCUUCAGCAAGCCAUUUAAACAGGAGGUAAAUCAGUUUCUUCAGGCAUGCAAUACAUCCCAGGCAUGCCGUGGCUCUAAGCCAAAUAACCUCCCUGAGAAUACAAUCUACAUGGUGUGUGAAGGAACCACAGUCAGAGAAGAGCUACAGAUGGAGCAGCUGGUUCGAAAGCACGGAGACAUAUGCUGAUACACAAUUUAUGCCUAUGGAAUAUCAAUAACUCUGGGAUUUCUUUUUAUUCAUGUCUGCUUGUUUAACUUUUGGUUAUAUGAUGUAAAACCUAACAGGGUAAAAGUUAAAGUUAACCUGAUGCUCAAUUAGCCAUGAUAAGUUGGCAUUAUUGGGCACACUAAUUUGAAUUAGUAGUAAUUAUUAGAAAUUUACUACUACUAAAAAUAAUACUAAUAUUUGGGAAUAUGGGAGUGAAAUAUUUUAAAUAUAAUUUAUUCUGUUUAUUUUCAAGAAAGGUGUUUCAGUGAUAAAAUGUUUCUUCUCAUUUUGCAUGAUUUUGGAUAACCUUAUUGUAUAUUGCUUGAUGGUCAAUGAUUUUGUCUUAAGACUGGAUCCAAAAAAAAAAAAAAAAAGGAAUUAUGUAGCAGAUGUAUUGUGAAGUACAGGAGAACAAACGGGUUGAUCAAGUGAUCUGAUUAUUGGGUUUGUGUCUUUACUAUUGUGGCAGCGUUGGCUUUUCACUGAGAGAUAUGCAAAUAUUGUAAUUUAUUUAUUAGCUUGAAUGUUUUAAAUGGAUCGGUUGUACUUUGACCAAACUUGUCGUUUUGUAGUUCUUUUAAUAUGGUUUACUUUGAUAGAGCAAGAAAUAAGCGGUGUCAUUCCACACACUGGUCUAUGUGCACACAUUAUUGUUCUAGUGUUCACAAUGGGAGAAGUCUUUCUUUAACUUACCUGUUAAGCGAAUACAGCCACUUUGUUGUCGUCAGUAUGCUCGCCUUUUUUUUAUUUCAUUAAAUUGGAUAUGUUAUGCAGGUUACAUAAAAACAUCUACUGUGUACAUUAGAGAAAUAACAAAACAAUCAGCUAGGCAUACAAUAUGUACAAAAAUUGUGCUUAAUAUUGUGUUAAAUUGUUCCUACAUUGUCAGUACUGUGUGCAAAUAUUUUCAGGUCAAAAAAUGGUUCAUGGCUCGCUCUCAUACUUCGUAAGAACAGUCUUGUCUAGAUAUAUUUGCAACAUACUGAACAUAUUCUGCUUGAUGCAUCACCAGGAACGCUAUUUGAUAAACAGUAAUUACAGUGGCUGAAAUAACAGGCUUUAUAACAUAAUCACUGUGAACUACAUAAGAAUUUGGAGCAGCCAUACAAAUUGCUUCAUGAAUAACAAUGAUCACCCUCCAGUGGUGCAAUAAUUGCAAAAUUAUUAUUGAUUGCAAAAGAGAGCAGCACAGUGUUCCUCUAGUCUGUGUAAAUACUUCAUUUUAGACUGAGAGUGCAAAGGAGACCACGAUGAUUCGUUUCCUAAUCUCAGCUAACCUUUUUAUCUGUUGAUCAGUAUGUAUAUUCAUUUUCUUUUUCGCUUAUUUUAGUGUAAAAUCUAUCCAUUAGAUGAAAUGUGGAAAUGUAAGAAUUAUUCACAGCAACAUGCACGUUUUCUAGAGAAUUUCACACGGCCAUCCUGGCAUUACUAAAGCUAUUACAGACAUUAUAAUUUGCCAGUUAGAUAAACCCACGCAGCAUCACUGUAUGAACCCACAUUGCUUCUUUACGUUGCUAAUAACAAGUAUAAUUCCCCUAAUUGCUGUAAGCAUUCUGUUCUUAAUACCUGGCAUCAACAGGCUAUUCAGAACUGUCCGCAUAAUAGAUUCACCUUUGAAAUUGAUUGCAUCUGACCAUACUGAAGGUUAAAGCAAUUUUGCUAACCUUCAUUUCAGCGUCCUGAAAAGAAUGGCAUUCAAACAGCCCUAUUGACGAUUCCUCCUUAUGCAGCAACAUGCCGCUUCUACUACACACAUACUCAGCGUAAUAAUUACUUUUACUAAGACCUCUGUCUAUUCAAAAGAUGUUAUCAAUGAUGGAUCAAUAGCAAGAGAAAUCCAAAUGAAAGGUCUUCAUUUUAACGACUGUUUCGUGUGAAAGUGAGAUUAGAGCUAAGACCCAACUCCUUUUAGGUGGCUUAAAAGCUUAUGCUGUCAUUUUACUGUGUAUUAUUGAUCUUCAUGGGGGUGCAGUGGGGAGCAUUACCACCUAACAGUGUAGGUAGACUGUGCAACACCAUGCUGUUAUCAUACAUCAAUCAGCAGGGGGGGGAAACAUUGGUGAAAAUGUUGAGAUGGACAAACAAGCCCUGGACGUGGGCAGAUGCUUUGUUAACGGAAAGUUUAAUAUCUAUACAUUUCCUCUUGGUUAUUCUGAUCAGGCAUAUUCUCUCUCUCAGUCUCCCAUCAAGCCUUCAUUUCCUCAGAAUCUGUUAUGCAGCAAUUUGAAAUGAUGUGGUUGGCUCGCUUCACAUGCCUUAGAGGAAACGCGUGUUAACCUCUGACCUCCCAGGUUAGUAGCUGUCUUGUGAUGAGGGAGAGCUACCUGGUGGGUGGGAAAUGGCCAUGAUAUGUCUGCGACUAAAUUAGGAAGAAAAUUGAGAGAAAAUCAAUGGGGAAAAAAUUGAAAGAAAAUCAAUGGGGAAAAAAUCAGAUACUACAUGUAGUAUCUCUUCAGUUGUGUUCAGCUCGAGUGCACAAAGCCGUUAAAAAAGGAACUACCAAAUACUAAGAAAUGCUCAAAUGCAUAGAAAUAUUUUUAAGAUCCUACUGUACUUUUUGCUCAAGAUGCUGCUGAUAAUAUCAGCUGUAAUGAAAGCUUUUGUGUUAAAUUGAAAGAGAAGGCCAAACAGAAGCAUUUGCAGUAGUUUCUAUUUCUAUUCUGUUGAACCAGCGUUAAUCUAUUCAUUGACAGAGACUUUAAAGCACUUUUGUACGUCGCUCUGGAUAAGAGCGUCUGCCAAAUGCCAGAAAUGUAAAUGUAAAUGAUUUUACACACACACAAAAAAAAAAAAAAUCACAUACAGUAGUUCGGAAAAGGAAGCAGCUAUGAAGUUUGAGUGCACUUCAACAAAGUGAACACAAACACAUUUUACUUUAUUACUGGGUUUAUGAAAGGGAAGUCAGAU